UUUGCUGAAGAAAGGAAGUGGAAGCUCUUUGUGGUUUAGUGUCUCUGCAGUGCAUUGAAACCUUCAGUUUGAUCAAAGCUGUUACGAAUGAAAGACAAUGGAGAAGAUCUUGUUCUUUUGCGUUUUUUUGUACAGGAUUCUUCAGAUCACUUCUAGCGAUGUUUCAGAACAUAAUGUGACUCUGUUAAGAUUCCAGCUGAACGGAAACAUCAGUAUGAAGUGCAACGUGACCAGCAGACAUGAAAUAGCCUGGUAUCGCCAGAAUCCUGAUUCUGGACGACUAAAGCUACUGUUGUUGUCGAUCUUCAAAAACCUAUGGUCAAUACAUCCAGACACUCCUAUCAGAGUUAAAUCAGAGAGGGGGAGCAACACUGCAUCUCUAGUUAUUGAAAAUCUAACAGAGUCAGAUUCGGGUCUUUAUUUCUGUGGAACAAGAUCAAGGGAUCAAGAUAUGCACUUUCACAAACCCAUCAGACUACAGCUCGAGGACAGAGUUCAUAAUGUCACAGAACCGCCAGAAGAUGUUGAGAUCACAGAUGUAUUGACGAUGCCAGAGCGUGUGCUGAUAUUCAGUGGUGUUGGACUGGUUGUGUUUGUGUUUUUUCUGGCUUCAGUCGUCACAGGAGGAAACAUUCACCAUCACGGCUGGCAGAAAGGAUGGGCCGCAGCCAAACGUGCUGGUCUGACUGAUCAAAAUUCACCUAAAUGACACAUUUGUGUGCUUUAUUUUCACUCUAUCCCAAUAAUCAGCAUUUUUGUAUGUUACCACCAAUGUGGCUCACCAGUGUGACUCAGAUGUGGUUCCGGUGGCAAGAUCUUCUGUUGUGGCAAAACUCUAGAGCAGUACUAAUAUGUGCGUAUAAGCGGAGUUCUGGAGAAAGUAUAAAUAUCAUCUGUUUUAUGGCAUAUAAAACUUGUUCAAAUAAAAUGUCUUCAAUGUAAAUGUGUUGUUGAGAGUUCUGAUUAAAUAAACAGCAGUAAAACUAAGAAA